CCCGCCGCUUAUAGCAGGCGCUACUAUUUUCGCUGAUGGCGGCCUUCUCGAUACACUCGUGCUCACCUCCGGUCCAACAUCCUUGUAGAGACAACUGCACAGAACAGGGAACGAGAUGAAUAAGCCGCCAGAUAGAAAGAAAAAAUGACAAUAAUAAUAAUAAUUGUUAGAAGGGGGCAUAGCAUACGAAACGAGAUGGAAUAUGGAUGUGAUGGCAAGCGAUGCUGUAACGGCGAAUGCCCGCCCCCCUGCACUGUAUUGUGGAGUCAUUUACGUUUUACAUGCUGUCAUUUAGUGUGACUGACUCCUCUUUAAACCAAUACGCUUUUGACGGGAUAGGAUCAGAUCAAUGGAAUCAUCGAAGAAAGACAAAACGUCGACAAAACAGAACUACUUUCGAGGUCAAAUAUUGAUCUAUAAAUAUAGGUGUUCUGUUCAGGUAAACAGCACGAAAUGCAGUGCGACUAUGCCCGGGUGCAAACCCAGACCGUUCCUCAUCAGCUGCCUUCACUGAGCUGUCAUCUAUCGUGUGCGGUUUGGUCCAUUACAGAAGACAAAAUAAAGCCAGCUUGUUCCAGAUGUUGUUCGUGCCGUAUUUGGCACGAUUGUGCGGCCGAUCGGUUGGGGGUCGAGGAUUUCGUCCGCUCCUUCUUGUCCUAUUUGCCUCUGUUGCCUUAGCCAUUUUCGCUUACAGCCGAUCUCUACAGAAUUCUCAAGUUCGCUUCAGCGGAACAUCACAGCCACUCGUCAUAUCUUACCGAAUUAAUACACCGUCCUGUCGGAUUCCGGAGUUCUCGCCGUUUGACUUCACCGUCGGCAACUUGUACGAGAGACGCAGUGAUCCCGUGUGUCCAGGUCCCCCAUCAUUUCUAAAAUGGACUUCGUAUAAUAUACUUCAGCUAGAUAUUGACGUCCUCUCACGCCAAUACGCUGAUUUAACGACGGCUGAUGUAAAAUGUACAUUUCAAGAGCUAUUUCGAAAUCAGUCACUUCCUGAACCUGACAAAGUGGCGUUUCUGGGUGACCCCCAGGAGCUGGUUUUCGGUGAAGAACUAAACACGGAGUUCAUUCUUAUAGAAUGUCGAUAUCAUUCACGGGUCGUGUUGCAGGAAUACGCGAUGGUUCCAGUGCUGAAGGAUGACGUAGAGCAUCGCGUACAAACGAUUGAAAGUAAGGGCGUACAGGUUUCGCGGGAAGCAAAUGUCGGCGGUGGAAAUAGCCGGACUAAUGUCCUUGUCCUGGGAAUCGAUUCGGUCUCAUAUCUGAAUGCGUACCGCCACUUACGGCAAAGUCUUGCUUAUAUUCGCACUCAACUUGAUUCAAUCGAGCUAAAAGGAUAUGUGAAGGUCGGCGAUAAUUCGUUCCCCAACCAGAACCCGCUAAUCAACGGUCUCACUGAAGAUGAGGCCAUGUCUUAUAAAAAUAAGGGGUUUUUUGACAUGCUGACAGACCAAAUGAUAUGGAGCGAAUAUGUAGAGUUUGGCUACCGUUCCCUGUUCUUGGAAGAGAGUGCCCACUUUGGCUUGUUCCAUUAUCAUUUUAAAGGAUUUCAUAAAGCCCCCGUCGAUUAUUAUACGCGACCUAUGGUAAUGACUGUUGAGACAUCACCACUCACACACGCGCUUGGGGAACAUGUGUUCUGUCACGGUGGACGCACGACGAGUGAGAUGUAUCUCAAUUACAUCGAACGCUUUGCUGCAAUGAUGACCGCUAGAGAGGCCAACUUUUUCGCCUACGUGUGGCUAUCCGAUAUUUCACAUAAUGAGAUGAAUUCUGUGGGGUCCCUUGAUGCUAUCCUAACAAGACAUCUAAGGGCUUUGGAUAGUGGCGGGGUCCUCAACAAUACCGCCUUGAUUUUCCUGAGCGACCACGGAAUCCGCUUCGAUAAAAUUAGAUCUACCACUGUUGGCAAAUACGAGGAUCGGAUGCCGUUCGCCUUUGUUGCGAUGCCGCACCAUUUCUGUGAGACCCAUCAUGUGGAAUGUCAAAACUUAAAGAUCAAUUCGGCCCGGUUAACAACACACUUUGAUAUGCACGCAACCUUCCGCCACCUCCUACACUUGGGAAGUAAUUCUGCCAGUAGCAAAUCUUCCGGAGGGUCCUCAUCAUCCACUUCUGACGUUCCUACUCGUACGAAACGAGGCCAGAGCUUAUUUUCUGAAGUGCCAAUCAAUCGAAGCUGUGAGGCGGCUUCAAUCGAUACGAUGUGGUGUACUUGUGCUCCCGAUCAAGACAACGGGAAGGACCACUCCUCCUUGUACCCGUUAGGCGAAGAUCUUUCAGUAACGGGAAAACUGGCCAAGAGGCUUGGUCUCGUGCUAGAAGAGCGACUUAACGACAUUAUCGACCAUAACCAAUGUUAUCAUUUGAGUUUGAACCAUGUAAUAGAAAUGCAACGAGCCCAAGGACCGGCACCUCACCAUUACUACUGGUUAACUGCGUCGUUUUCGCCUGGAAACUCGAUCUUUGAGGCGACUAUUAUCCUAUUCCAAAACGGCACGCUAACAACUUCGAAGGGUAUAUCUCGUUGCAACAUGUACUGGGGCACUACAUGGUGCGUGGCCGACCACUGGAUGGAAAAGUUUUGCCAUUGUAAAAGCUGGUACACGACAUUAUACCUAAUGUUUAUAGGAGGCUAGUCAUACCCGUUCAGGUCGAAGCGACCACACCGCUUGUGGUUGUAAGCCGGGGUACGUUUUUCGUCUAGAAUAAGGGCAUAUUGAAAGCAAGUGAUACGACAGGAUAAAUUAGAGUAUAUGUAUAACGGUGUAAGUAGAUUGCGUUGGCGAUACUACAAGUAGAAAACACAUCAGCAGCCAUACCUUACAUAUUCAGUGGCAGUACCAGAAGGAGGAAAAAAGCAAUUAAAAAAAAAGUAUCGUUUUUAUAUAACGUUAGUUUUUCUAUUUCAGUAACAAAAAUAAUUCUGAAAGUUUCCGGCGUUAUAUCUAAGCUUGGCCACUUUUGAUAGGAAAGUGAAGUAUUAGGAUGUUACAAGCGAAUCUGGCGAACCUUUAGAUUGUAUAACGUUUGAACCCUAGCCGCUAAAUACCCCAAUACUGUAAAAACUGGCGGGUUAAAAACGGUUGAGUUUGCUAGAGGGAAAAUAAGUUCAGAAGGAGAAACAUCUUUUAAUUUUGGAAGUCAACGCCCCAUGGCCAAAUGUUCGUUCCUGGAAAGCCGCUGCGCCGGAAAUUUGCAAAAGCGCAGUGCUUAUCUUAUGUAAGCGUUUUGAAAACGAAGAUUAGAACUCUGAAGACCAGCUACAGAACGAUUAGAACGGCAGUCGGAAGUACGAGAACGCAUUACCACAAUCGAUAAAACUUUUCACGAAAGCAGAGCUUGCCGUAUAAAGGCUCCGUCGGCCAAAACACGCAUUUCACAUGUGACGUUUAUCAGAUUUAUAACUCAAAUACUGAAAAUUUAGUAGCUGAGUAAUUCACAGGUCCUCCAGUGAUUGAUUCCAGGUACGUUGUAGAUGUGUGUGGUGUAUUCCAUCUAUAAUUAACUUCGUUCGACUAAAAAUCCGCCUGAAACAUACGGUUGCCAUAGACGGGGCAUGGGUCAAUCUAUACGGCACGCCGCUUAAGUUAGAUGGCGGUGUCGAGUAGAUUCGGACAUAAGGUGAUAGUAGAAUUUCCAAUGGAUAUCAGGGACGUCUGUUAGUAUGAAGUGCUCGCCGAAAAUAAAGCAAUGAAUGCGGAGCGCUAUUUUGAGUUCCUUAAAAGGUUUGUGGGCCGUCGGUGUGACAACCGAAUGUACGUAAUCUGAUUACUUGAUGAUAACCCCAGACAUCAUUGCCAUGCUUCAGUAACUUCCUGGAUUAAUCGAAGAUAAGUCCAAUGUUGGUUUCAGCCCGCUUAUUCUCCCUAUCUAGGUCCAUGUAGUUAUGGGGCUUUCCAUAGCAUAAAAAGGGCAACUGGUGGGCAAUCGUAUCCCACCAUCGAUUAACUUACAACAAGUUAGAGGGACUAAAUAUGGAAACGCGAAUGGUAAGUGUAUGGCUUUCCAGAAGCUACCAGAGCGCUACGGCAAAUGUAUAAAAAAUAAAAGAGAGUACCUCUAACAUAUACUAAAAUAUCAUUCUAGCUCAAUUAGUUGGAGAGUUGUUAUUCAAUUUCAAAUUCGGCCCAACAUACAUAUAACUUGUAUCUUUGCUAUGUCUGCCAAAAAAUGAGAUGUUUGGUAACCAACAAACAGCAAUAGCUAAUCUGAUUAUUAAAGGAAAAGUUGUCUAUUCGUAGACAAGUUUUGCGUAUACAGUUUAAGCUGGCUUAUAUGAUUUCCAUUGCCCCCCAACGAGAUAUUGUUUAGCCGCUAUUCAUCAUAGCGUAGUGCCUCAUUGUUAGCAUACGAGUGUAUCAAUACGGGUAAAUAUUUUCGUAUUAUUUCUAAAAAAUUAUUGACAAAAACCCUUCAAUGUUCUCCUGUCAUUAUAGGACAUGUCACAUUAUCAUCCAUAUUACAAUCUAACACAUGAUGGACUACAAAUAUGUUGUUUACAUUCUGUAUUGUAUGAUCAAUUUUGCGUUCGUCUUAGCAAAGCCAGUGAUAAAUUCUAAUUAGCAUGCUUUAAUUUGUCAAGUACUGUCAAGGUUUUUCUUGCUGCCCGGAAUUGAUAAACGACAUUGUGGUCUGAUGGCCAGCAUACAGGAGAAACCAGAAUUCCGCUAGAUAAGUGAUAGUGGUAUUAAGCGAAACCAUGUAGGAUGCAUUGUCUUCGAGCAGCUAUGAAAAUACCAUUGUCACAAUGGUAUUUUCAUAUAUAUAUAUAUAUAAUAACGAGUUGUUCUUCAAAAAGAUAACCGAGAAAGACGAUUGCGCACGAGAGAGCAAGCCAUAAAGACAUAAAGCGUGCAAACGUUCGAUGUAUAGUACCCAUAUGCUACAAAUGUGAAUGAAGAACAAAAAGGAAAGAAAUAUAUAUAUAUGCCACUAAUUUAUAUAAAAAAUCAGCGGCAUCAUGAGUCAGUACUGUUUUACGACAAACCUAGAUAGAUCCUUUUAAAAUACUCGAGGUGCGAAGGUACCAAGUGGAAUUCCCAAAAUAAGCACCUAUUGGUUAUAAUCGUGUAUGAAGAAGUGAAGAAUUAUUAGUUCUCGUUAUUAAGAGGAAAUAUAAGAGAAACUUUAAUGAAGAAAGAUUGCCCUUCUGGAGAAGGUAUAAAAAUUCUACUAUUAUGCAAAUGACCCACGUGUGAAUAAUCCAAGCACAAAUUGGAUAUCAAUAGAUAAAAAGAUUAACAAGGUCUCACACUACGAUCAAUGUAAGAUAGUUGUUGAAACAUCAUCCUAUAAAGCAUCGACCGCUGUGGAUAGAUGUGUCCGCUGCAAAUGUUUGUGCCACGGUCAAGCGCUAACCUAAGGCUCAAGGCCCGAAGUGUAUCUUGAUUUCACAAUGCUUAAAGCUGAUUUAUGAUACACUCAAGAGACGUUCAAUUAGAGACUUCUGAGCUCAGAUCAGCGAGCUACUGGUCACGUGUAGCUCAUCUUCAUGUACUUAUAGCCACCCGGAGCAUUGGCAGGUUCGGUUUAUAUGAGCUACGGUAAUGCGCCCUUUAUUUAAGGAGUCUGUCUAACCCAAAAUACUUUGACUACAUAUUAUAGCAAUAGAUGAAGCUUUUAGUACAAGCGAACUUAAAGCCUUGUGAUUUUUGGUGUUACCAAUAUGAAAAAUCUAAUUUUGUCGAACCUUCCUUUGUGUACCGUAUGUGAUAGCUGUGACAGAAUCUCUGGCAUAAUUUAAAAGCCACAAAACCCUGAUUACCCAACAGAUGCUUCCUCGACUACUCUACGUUCAGCUAUUACCUACAACGGAACAAAUAGCUAUAUCAGCCGUAAGUGUCCUGGAUCAUCGUAGUAAUUAUCAUAGCCAGUAAUUAAUGCAAUUGUUACCCAAAGAGAUGUAGUGUAUUUUUUGUAGAAAAAACAAAACAUGCACUGAUGGGAGAUAGUUGUUUGACGUAGAGCUACAAUGAACAAGUAUCAACGGUGUCGUUUUUCGCUGUCGAGUACGACAUUUUGUUGAUUUUAACGAAAGUAAAACAAUAUAGCAUAUACUGCCUCAGUUUACAAGUAAUGGGCCAAAAAUAAUUUCUGCUAAAAUUGUAGUUGCUUUCCGCUAUGGUCAGUUGAGUGUGUUCGCAGAGACACUCAACAGGAUCAAUGAGCAGCUUGCGUUACGAACCUGUGGUUUCUUCUAUAAACAAAAAAUGUAAGUUAAGUUCUUACAUAGGAACAACAAUAGUAGCAAUAUAUACAUUAGAAAGAUCUAAAAGUCUUUUUAGCUGUAUAAAAAUAGAUGUCUAAAUUAGCCAAUUAUCAAAUAUAACUAUGUGUGCCAUUCGCUGUGACAUAAAGCUUUCUCCAAAUGUUUUCCGCUAUCUUCCAUCUACAUAUCGUAAAUUAAACUUCUUAACAUAGACUAUGUUGUUCAGCGAUCCGCAUGGGGGUCUGUGUGAUUUCUAUGAACCUCCCCCCCCCCCCCCCAACUCUUCCCCAAUAAUUUCCAAAAGCAACUCGUUAUUGGAAAAAUCGAAUCAGUAAGGAUUGGUUCAUACAAACGGCAGCUAUACAUGAGACUUUAUUGGAAAUACUAAUGCCAGUCCCGGUAAAAACGAGCCUCUAGACCCUAACCCUGUGAAUUUUCUUAAUACGAACAAUCCUAUUACUUAUGUUAAUGUUAUGCGAAGAUUGAGCAUCGGUCACACAGACGUAUCCACGGAGCAUUUGACUGCUUGUACCCUUCAUCAUCUUUACCUAAUACUGCUGAACACUAUACUCCAUACACAAUAGACUUCACGUAAUAACAAAAAGCGAUCUUACGUAAUAUAAUAAUGAUGGCGAUGAGGAUGCUGGGAAAGCUUCAAUUGAAGCACCGGAUGUAGUACCAAAUGAUGCAAUUAAUGCACGAAUGAGGAAACUACUGCUUUCUUUGCGAAAAUGUUUAAUAAAUGCGGCAAACCGAUGUACGUGUACGAGAAUAAAAUGAGCGUGUAUCUUACUGAUUGUGUAUGUUCGUAGAUCCACGGUCUAUUGCGUCUAUGUUAAGUUUUUCGUGUGCUUUCCGUUAUAUUCCUUUUCGAUAGGUAUUUUUAGUCGUGAUACGAAGAGUGCCAAGGCAUUCGCAGCUACAACAUUGUGCAAUGAUGAUGAGUCAGAACAAAUCAAUAAACCCUAUUGGCUUAAGAAGUAUCAGCAUUUUAUUUAAUCACGCGUUCAAGUAUUUUUUUUGAAUUUAUUUCCAAUCCGAGCUGACAAUAGUAUAGUAAAGCAGAAAACGUAUUGAUUAGGACGGUUUAUAUAGAUAUAAUAAUAAUAAUACUGUAGUUGAUAGAUAAUUAGUUGUUCGUUCACAACUUUAUUUGACUUUGUAGCAUCUCUCGUGAAUAUGACUUAUAUUGUAUAUAUAUAUAUAUAUAUAUAGAAUUUUAUUCAAUCAAUAUCUAUUUCUAUUUAAAAUAUACUUUUACAUUAAAUACUUUUUAGCAGUUCUAAAGGUAUAUGAUAUUAUCCAUUAUAACUUCACACGAAAGCCUAUAAAAUCAGCUACGUUUAUUUAUUUAUUUGAAAUAAUUAUAGUAAUUAGGAAAACGAGAGUAAAAAGAGCAUAAAGUUAUUUACGAAAAUCCAUGCAGGACUGUUCUCAUGCAUAUAAUUACACAUACCAAUAUUAUCAUACGGAUGUAAGAAUCAAAUAAGCUGAUCUUCCCCAAAUACGUGGAUACGGUUUCUACUUACGUACUUUAAUUCGGCCAUACCUAUAAUACAA